CUGAGAACGGUGCAACGGUGUAAACAUGUUCAAGUCUUCGAUUUCAAUCGCCGUUCUUCACCUGCUCCUUCUGGUGUCCUUUGGUGGAGCUUACACCCUACCACCGGUGGUGCAGAUGGGUGGUGCAAUCGUGGCCGCCGUGGAGCAGGACGCUGAGCAGGAAGCUGCCGCCGAGGAGCGGCAGCGAGUCGAGCGUCAUUGGCUAUCGAUGGCCGAAACGCAGUUGCACAGCCUGAUCACAGACGAUUUGAGCCCCGAGGAGGUAAACAAUAUGCUGGAGACCUGGUCUACCGAAGGUCGCGGUAAACACAAAAAGCAAAAGAAGCUUAUGAAAAUGGUGUAUCCGCUUCUGGCUGCCGUUGCCGUUGCCAAAGUAGUUUUGCUACCCUUGAUCCUGAAAUGGCUGACGGCGCUUUCGACCUCAUCGUUCGUCAUGGGCAAGAUUGCAUUGGUCACAUCCGGUAUUUUGGCUCUGAAGUGGAUUUUGUCUGGAGGACAUGCACACGAUCGCCUGGAGAUAAUUCACUCUCAUGCACCACUCGUUAAAGGAUUACACGCCAGUGAUUUAUCCUCCAGCGGAAGCAGUUGGAUGCCCAUUCGACAGCCCUUUAUACCACUGGUCUCCAAAGACCCUAACUUGUACAAGCCAUUUUUAUAGGUUAGUUAGAAACGAAAGUGAGCGUGAGGAAAACAAAAAUAAUUUUAUUUAAAGUACCAAAACUCAAUGCCUGUUACAUGUUUCGCAAGUGAAGGGCAACUCUAAAAUAUACCGCAGCACUUGGUGCAGAAGAAUUAAUGUAAAUAGCAAAUGUUAAUGUAGCGUUAAUUUGAAAUCAUAUCUCAUCAUAUUACUACAAACAUCAGUUUUCCGGUAUAGUGUUGGCCAAUUGACAAAUAGGGCCACGUAACUCCCAGCUUCAUCAACGAUUAAUUAGCACAUGACUCGCCCGACUUUGACGACGUUACGUAGCCGACCCGUUGACGAAUUCAGCAGCGUACACGCAGCGCGAAAAUUAACAGCACUGCGGUUCCGUUAUGCACAAAACGGUUUAUUGCGCAUGCGCACCGUCGGUCAGCCCUCAAAUCCCAUCAAAACCCAAACCAUCGACCAGUGACCAGAGCCAAGUCAGCAAUGUCGUAGCUUUGGCUGCGUUACUUCCGCAAGUGCCUGUUGCAAUAACCGCCAACAAUCGACUUAUGUAAAGAGCACGACCGAAAACCAAAGUCAACAAACAGGUUGACACAAAUCAAUCAUCGGGCUGCAACCGGUGCAACAAAGAGCAACGAUUCACGACAUGGGUGGCCCAAAGUCUUUAACUCCAGGAGUGGAAGAUGAAAUAUGGACAACUACAAAAUUACAAAUAACAAAAAAUGAAAAUAUCACUACCAUAUUAAACGAAAAUAAGAUAUAAAUAGGAACAAAUCAAUACAAUUUCAUAUAUUUUCAUAAAAUUAAACUACAUUGAAAAAAGUAAAAGAACGCUAUUAUUGAAAUCCUAAAUUAUUAUAUACCCGGUUAGUCCAGAUAUUAUAGUUCUCGAGAACUCGUCGUUCAUAUGGACAGACAG